CCCUGACACCUUCAGGCUCUUACCCUCUGUAUUAUUAGUAUAGUCCUUCUGUAUUUCAAGACUAUUAGAGAGAGAUAAAAACACUCGUCGCAAGCUAGCGUAGUUAGAAACAAAUAUAACCCAAACCUCAAACCCUAACCCUAACCCUCAUGAUUAACAUAACACCAACCAUUAUCGAACCCACCAGAACGACCAGGAAAAUGGCAAAGUUAACUUUCGGUGAAUAUUCCAGAGAUAAGAUGGUAGCCACCAUCACUUCCUUCUACAGAUUUCAGGCAAACAUGCAUUCGAACACAAACGCAGGGUGCAACUUCAGAUAUCCGCCACCAACGGGCUGGCCUGAAGUCACAAGCGAGUUGUUCUCCUGGUAUGAUGAAACAGUCGUCGAUCUUAUUCGCCAUCUCCCAUACAUUGACGACGAAGGUCUUUUCAUCUUGCCCGACACGAAUGUCCUCGGCCACGCCUCACCGUUCUCCAUAGAAGGAAAAAUUGAGCGACUGACGAAGAGCCGACUGGAGGGAAUUGGAGAACAGCAAGCCACGACAGAGUCGAAAGAGACACUUGUUGACGAUGAUGAUGGAUACAACAGUGGCUCAGACGACCUGGAACCAUUCUACCCUGAAUAUAUGCUAGAUCUAGCCGCAGGGGGGCAAUACGGAUCCACUAUUCUGGUCGACACGAGACACAAUGCUAUCGUCUGGUGGGAAUAUGGAGAAGGAUGCAGAGAUAUUCCUAACGAAAUCAGCGCGAAAUACCCAUGCGAUUGUUGGUUCAAUUACAGCAAAGAGUCAAAUGAACUCAACCCAGACCCCGACCAGACUGGGGGCGAUGACAUUAAAGAGUCCGAUGAAAAGGAUCCCGGCUGCGAUGGCUCCGAUGAUGAAAGUUCUGAUGAUGAGGAAUGGGAUCGUUUUUGCGACAGGUAUUCACAACAAUGGAAAAUCAGCCCCGCCUGCUCCCCAGAAGACUUCUUUGAAAUGUGUAAAGAACAGUUCAGAAUCAUGAACUGGAUGCCAGUGUUGCAUGACGGCAGUCGUGGGAAGGUGGUACAGUUGUACAGGCACCAAGAAUUCGAGGGCCAGAAUCUAAGGAUGAUGCAGAUAUUGCGGGAUGCUGGGUGGCCGGGCGAUGGAGAAGCGGGAGGUUGGGACAAAGCAAGUGCCGAAGUUGCUAUGAUACAGAUGCACCGCGAGUACCAGGAGGAAAGAGAGGCAAGGCGGAGGGGUGUUACACGAGAUACACCGCUGAACGAGAAGUGGAAGGAUCUUGUAGUUCGUGAGGGUAAGUAAGUGGGGCUGGAUGAGAUUGGAUCUACGGAGGUAUGUUCGGACGUUGCCCCGCUUUGACGUUUGUACAAACAUGGUUUCAUCUGGAACCAGACACGUUACUCUAUGUCGAAACAAUAAUAACAUAGCUUUAUGACAACGGGUAUAUGUGAG